UCUGGUAUUAACACCGCUCAGUGUUAGAGGUACAUUCAGAACAAAUAGCCCAAAAUGUCUGGCAAAGCCAAAACCAAAAAGGCAGGCGCGAAAAAGAAAGCCCAGCGAGCGACCUCAAAUGUAUUCGCAAUGUUCGAUCAGCAACAGAUUCAAGAGUUUAAAGAGGCGUUCAGCAUGAUUGAUCAAGACCGAGAUGGCUUUAUCAAAGACACAGAUCUCAAGGACAUGUUUGCGUCGCUCGGGAAUGAAAAGACCAACGACUACAUUGAAGAAAUGUUGGGAGAAGCGUCUGGGCCGUUAAAUUUCACAAUGUUCUUGACACUGAUGGGUGAAAAGCUUAAUGGCACAGACCCCGAGGAUAUGAUAAGGAAUGCUUUUGCUUCAUUUGACAUGGAAGGGAAAGGCAUACUCAACGAGGACAGGCUGCGACCAUUGCUGAAAGGAAUGGGGGACAGGUAUAGUGCCAAUCUUAUCCGUUUACUUCCCGUAAAGCUGAAGGUACUUUUCAAAUUUCACGAAAACACUUAUCUGUAGUUCAAUUCUUAAAGGUCCUUAAAAUCUGGGCUAUAUGUCACCAUAUAUUGCCACGCGUUAAUACAGAUCAGUUGGUUAAGAGUCGUUGAUCAUGUGGGGGUGGUAUUCCCAUAUAUGGGCUGGACAGGGACGGUGGACGGCACACCCCUAUCAAAAAUUUAUGGGAGUACCCCCAGGGGUCGAUGAGCGUUCAUCGACCUACACACGGGUUAAACUGUAUAAAAUUUGAACAUCAAAACCCUUGAGAAACUUUUAAAAAGUGAGUGCAAAACAUACUGGCAUCUGAUUUUACAAAUACGGAAAUCUUUUCUCUAGGCUCGCGUAGUGACCAGAAAUACAAGAAUGGAUCCAUCGAGACAGUCUCGAUUUCACAAAACAAACAACUUUAUACCGACUGACAUGCUAAUGAAAAUAACGGACGAAUGGCUUUAUCCUAAUUUAACUCCAGAUCACUGGGGUAUGACAACCUCUUUGCACAAAAGGCACAAACUUGGUAUAUGAAAUUGCAGAAAAGGCCCUUUUAUUUUGAAGAAACCGUGGCGUUGCCACUGAAAUGGCAUUUGUAUUUCAAUGACGUUAUGAAGGAAAAUGAUCUACAUGGUACCGCUGCCAAUUUGUUUCCUGAAGACACCACCCUUCACCUCCCGUUUUUGCACACACCUUCGGGUCUGUUCGUUGGUGUCCUUCAUAGCGGUAGUCCGCAAUAGCGGGAGCUUCUUUCAGAGAAACGUCCGCCCUUUUUUUAAGGGGAUUAAUCUGUUGUUCGCAUUACCGCAGAUUAUAGGGACUGAAGCAAAGUGUCCGAGACGCCCGAUCGCAACGGAAUUUACUAACUACAUGUACAUGUUUUAAAGAUUGCGUGACGAAUUUAGAAGUCUUAUCUACAAAAAAUUCUUUAUCCACGCUCACCGGCUUUUAAUUCGAUUCCUGAGGCGUGACCAUGAUACGACUUUUGUGUCAGAAACAUUUAAAUUCUUUGUUUUGCACUUUAAAAUACACGCUGCGUGUUGUUCGUUUUAGUUCGUUUUGUUCCCGUUUGGUUUCAACGGAAAUGUCAACCCUUUAGUAAAAUGUUAUAUUUUAUAGUUCAUAACUCCUCCGCCAAUUAACAUACCUGCUUGAACAAACUGACACGAGUGGAUAUGUUACUGAGGAACUACUCUUAUCUAAGUACCAGAUGAAAUGUCAGUUUAGAGCAAUGUUAGGCCUAUUUAUGAUUUAAAGAGUUUUAAGUUUCUGUUGUGUUAUUCUUCAAAACCGUUUUAAUUUACUAUUCAAAUUUUUGACGUGUUUACUUAGAAUGAGACCAGAAUAACGUUUUUGAGUGGUAACUGAUCGAAAAUAUCAUUUAAAGUUCAUGUUCAGAAACAGAUAUAACCUUCAUGCAAAAGCCUUCUACACCACAGGAAUUCCGUAGCAGCGUGACUUUAAUUUGACCUUUUAUAUGUAACUGAAAAACAAAAAGCAAAAAAAGAAUAAUAAAAUAAAAGAAUCUUAAAAAAUUAAUCGCCUUUGCUAAUCACAGGUUAAAGUUGCAUUUUAACUUCCAUGAAGCACUGGGACUGUGUUCCGGGGGAUACUCUUGGAAAUUAUUGGGGGGUGCCGCCCCUGGGCCCUGACUCGUCCCCAUUCGUCUCCAAGUUGUCUCUACUCAUUAAUUAUUUACUAGGGAAGCGCUUGGGUUAUGCGCGCGGGGAAGAUUCUCUCCCUUCUCCCUUCUUCCUUCCCGUCAUCCCCUUCCUAAAAGAGCCCGUUCUAGUCUUCCACGCUAAAUACUAAUAAUGAGAGACGACUGGGGACGAGUCAGGUGCCGCCCUGCUCUCCAAAUCCUAUACUUAGAUUAGAACAGCAACAAAAAGAUAUUUCAGGGUUGGUAUCAGAGGCAGGUUGUGAACCGGGGGUACUUCCUAUAAGGACCUAUACGGGCAGGCUCCGAUCCGGGCGUUCCCCCCAAAAGGGAUGCCUUUUUCAGGUCUCAGAUAUAGGAAAGGGUAGGGAUCUCAAAAUUUGAUAAGUACAUGAAGGGUAGGGAAACUGGCUGUCGUUUAGGUUUGCAGAAUGACCUAAAAGGGCCACAGAAAGAUUUUAAGGUUGUGAAAAAGUCGCCAUACGUUCUCGUUUGUCAUUUUUAAGACAAAAGUUAUAAGGGAUGCGAAGUUCUAAACUAGGCAUGUGAAAGGGUGACCAUUUGUCAAUGGAAGGUAUACGAAAUGGGUACCAUUUCUGUCAAAAAUGGUGUAUAAAAGAGUAAGGGGUUAUAUCUCGCGGCGUAGCCUCCCCGUAUAAAACUCAGGUGAGUACCCCCUGGUUGUGAAUUUCUUGCUUGCCUAUUUUCUUUAAGAAGAGACUAUUGGAUUUUAUGUGUUUUUGAUUUAUCCCUUUAACUCAUUCUCCAGGUUUACUGAAGACGAAUGUGAAGAAAUGUUCCGUUUAGCAAAUGCCGACGACGAUGGCAACUUCAACUACUUGGAGUUUGUGAAAACGAUCAAACAUGGAGCGAAGGACGAUUCGUAGAUGCAAAAAACCUUUAACCAUAUCGAAUUUUUUUAAGUAUUACUGGGGAUGAUUUGUGCUGUGCAGUUAAGAAAACCGUGAGCACAUAGUCGAAUAUAAAUUGAAACUUGGCUUACAUAAGCAUAAGCACAAAUUUACGUCCACUUAAUCGAUGAGCAUUAACGUCUCGUGUUUGUGCUGAUCGGUUUAAACUUGCGAGGCAAUAAUGCAACGGUCGAGACAGUUCAGAAACAAGCUUUAAAUACAAAACAAACUUGUGCUUCUGCUCGCUUUUCUGCUUCCUUUACAGUGUUAGUCUAAAGCCCUAUUUACAAGAAUAUGUUACCUUAGUCGUAUAGAUAAGUUGACAAGCUUUUUCACCUUUUUAUAAAGGAACUAUUUGUAAAGGUGUCUCCUUGACGGAACGAAUUAUUUUUUGUGAAAGUUUUUCAUUGAAAGGGAAAGCUUGUCCAAGCCAGUAAACGCGACUUAAACCUGUCGGCAUUUAAUAGGCAUUAAUAGGCACUAUAUAACUUUUCUUCGCCCAACGCUUAAAAUUCAAAUGUGGUGCCAAGCACCAAAUUUACCGCCACUGCACCUGCAUACACAUACCAUUUAAUGCUUGUGUAAUCCAGCACAGAAAUGCUCACGGUUUUCUAAUACAUGAAGUAAGCUUUUUAACGGAGGAGUUGAAUCUUAUCCUGUUUAUUUGAUCAAUUUUGUCGUGGGAAUGGGCUAUGUAGCCUGACAAAAAGCUCUCCAUUUAGGUUGAUAUCGUGCGAGAUGAAAGUUACGCCAGAGCGUGCGUGGGGCGGGCGGGGGGUUCCUCUACCCGUUUCGGGAUGCUCGCUUUCUCGCGCGUUUUCUUGCGCCUCGCGUCGAUCGGAGAGCUGUCUCGCAAGUUACGAGUCAUAAAGCAGCUUCUGCUUGUACAGAUCAGUUUAAAAUAAAGGUUAGAAACAACGAAAGCGCAAUCAUGAUUCUCAAUUUUUUUAGCAUGGUUGAGCAAGCAUACGCCCUAGCAUGA